UUUAUUUUUGGCAUGUGUAGAGUAACUUCCCUACGCGGUGCCGUGAAAGGGCAUUCUAUGUAGAAACCCCGUGAAGAACCGCCGCUUCACCGUGGUUUACAACGAAGACGACCUUCAACUUCAACCAUCUCUCUCUCUCUCUGCAACUCCGAUCUCCAGUGGUGGAGUCACUGUUCGUUUAUUUCUCCCCGAGGAGUUGACUCAGGGAGAAACAGAGAGGUAGGGGGUUUGCUUAGAGAGAGGGGCACGAUGGAUCCAUCGUUCCUGCUGAUGCUAUCAAACCUUCUCCACCUCCACAACCAUCUGGAUCCCACCUCAUCCCUCCUGUCGGACUCCUACGCCCCAAGCAGCAGCACCACCACGUCCCCAUCUGCAACUCUCUCAUCUUCCUCUGUUGCCCCUCUCCUCUUCUUCACCAUCGCUUCCGUCCUCUCCUACGCCGCAUCCCUCAGCUCCUCCUCCUCAUCUUCCCCCUCUUCCUCCUCCAACAACAACAACCAAAACAAUGACGACUCCGUCGACCACAGUGUCUCCGCCUUUCGCGCCCUCACCAGCCAGCACAUAUGGAAAAUGGACGCACCCGUGCGCGACGCCCAGUGGCGCUCCUCCUACGGCCUCUCCUACCCAGUUUUCAACACUGUCGUUGACAAGCUCAAGCCCCACAUCCUUCAAUCCAAUCUAUCCCUCCCUGCCGACUACGCCGUCGCCAUGGUCCUUUCCCGCCUUGCCCACGGCUACUCCGCCAAAACCCUAGCAGCCCGCUACUCCCUCGAGCCCUACCUCGUCUCCAAGAUCACCAACAUGAUCACCCGUCUCCUCGCUACCAAACUCUACCCUGAGUUCAUCAAGAUUCCCGUCAGCCGCCGCCGCCUCCACGAAACCACCCAGGCCUUUGAGGAACUCACCUCCCUCCCCAACAUGUGCGGUGCCAUCGACGGCAGCCCCAUCAAGCUUCUCCGCCUCCCACCUGAUCAGGAGCUCCAUGGCCACCCUUCCGCCUACCGGUGUCGCCAGGGCUACCCUGCCGUGCUUCUCCAGGUCGUCGCAGACCAUAAAAAGAUCUUCUGGGACGUCUGCGUCAAGGCCCCUGGUGGCACCGACGAUGCCGCGCAUUUCAGGGAAAGCCUCUUGUAUAACAGGCUUACUUCUGCGGAUAUCGUUUGGGAUAAGGUCAUCAAUGUCCGUGGCCACCACAUAAGACCUUACAUUGUUGGGGACUGGUGCUAUCCCCUACUAUCCUUCCUGCUCACGCCCUUCUCUUGGAAUGGUACCGGCACGCCGGCUCAGAACUCAUUCGAUGCUGCCCUUAUGAGGGGAAGGUCCGUGGUGUUGGACGCUAUUGGGCUGCUCAAGGGCAGGUGGCGUAUUCUGCAGAAUUUGAAUGUAGGACUUAACCACGCUCCUCAGACCAUUGUUGCUUGCUGUGUUUUGCAUAAUUUGUGUCAGAUUGCGAGGGAGCCCGAGCCGCCAAUGUGGAAAGACCCGGAGGAGAGUGGGCCUCCCGCUAGGGCUCUUGAGGGUGAGAAAUCCUUUUACUGUUUUGGAGAAAGCUUGAGACAAGCAUUGGCAGAGGACCUAAGACAACGGCUUUCAUCGAGGUAAGGCUUAACAGGUUUGGGUGCGGGAAGGAUGCUCUCAAGUCUUAACAUAACGAUCCUUCUCUAUGGAAACUUGCUUUUUACUCCUGACUGAUUUUGUCUGACCACCGUGCUUCUUGUAUCUGCACUUAGGUUAGUUUAUGUAGAUAUAGAAAGACAUUCCUGUUGUAAUGAAUCUUUCAUUUUGUCGCCUGCUAAUGGCAAUUAGCAAAUGUGGGAACAACAAUGUGGGAGAAAAGGAAGAAAAAAGAGGGGGGGGGGGACUGGACUUCUUUUAACUGGGUUUGACGACUGGUAUUGCUUACUCACGCAUUGUUCAGCAGACUUCAUCAAUGAAUGCUCUUGAGUUCAUCCAA